UUGAAAAAAAAAUGUCCUUCAUCACAAGCCCUCACUGCCGCCGCCUCGCGGCAACCACCACAACCGCAGGCGUAGACUGCCAUAAACAAGUCCGUUCAUGGCGGCUCCUUCGCACCAUCGUUCAACUUCUCAUCCCAUCAUGCUACUGCACACUCGUAGAUCCAAAUGAUAAUCAAGAAGACAAAUCUUACCGCCAAAUAAAACCAAGAACCUCCUCCGCUACCACAAACUCCUCAUCUUUCACUGGAACAAUCUUUGGUUUCCGCCGUGGCAAAGUAAACUUCUGCAUCCAAGCAACAAACGACUCCAAAAGCCUAAAUCCAAUAAUUGUCCUCUUAGAACUCACCGUCCCUACCGAGGUAUUAGCCCGCGAAAUGCGAGGAGGCGUGCUAAGAAUCGCUCUUGAAUCAAACGAUGAGGAUGGGUAUGGUUCACAUCAAGAUUCUUCUUCUUUUUCACUUCUUACAACACCUUUGUGGAACAUGUACUGCAACGGUCGGAAAGUUGGGUUUGCUAUCAAACGAGAUCCUUCAAAAGCCGAGCUAGACGCGUUGAAGGUGCUUACUCCGGUGACUGAAGGAGCCGGAGUUGUUAACGGAGAAGAGAUCAACCGAGAGAAGAGUGAUCAUAUGAUGUACUUAAGAGCGAGUUUCAAACGAGUUUUUGGAUCCUUUGAUUCGGAAUCUUUUCAUGUCAUCGACCCAAGCGGAGUUAUCGGACAAGAACUAAGCAUCUUCUUUUUCAGAUCGUCAAGAAAAUGAUCUUUGGAUCAUUGUGUUUACAGCAUAGACGUGCACUUGCAUACUAUAUGUUGGG